CAAGGGAUACACAUAUUGGACAAGGCAACUCCUAACUUGGACGCCUGUCUCUGCAUCUCUUUUUAAAAAGACUUCAGAGAAUCGUAUCGAAGAAAAUCGUUGAGAAUCUUGGGAAAUUAGAGAGAGAGAGAGAGAGAGAGAUGGGGAGGCCUCCUUGCUGUGACAAAGUUGGAGUAAAGAAAGGGCCGUGGACACCGGAAGAAGACAUCAUCCUGGUCUCUUACAUUCAAGAUCAUGGACCGGGGAAUUGGAGAACGGUUCCCACAAGUACUGGUUUGCUCAGAUGCAGUAAGAGCUGCAGACUUAGAUGGACGAAUUAUCUCCGUCCCGGUAUUAAGCGUGGUAACUUUACUGAUCAUGAGGAGAAGAUGAUAGUCCACCUCCAAGCUCUUUUGGGUAAUCGAUGGGCAGCCAUAGCAUCCUAUCUUCCCCAAAGAACAGACAAUGAUAUAAAGAACUAUUGGAAUACCCAUCUAAAGAAGAAGCUCAGAAAGCUUAAUCACAGUGCAGGCCCUGGUGAUCAUGACCAUAAUGUCCAAGAUGGUUUCUCAGCCUCACCGCCAAUAUCCAAGGGUCAGUGGGAGAGAAGGCUCCAAACAGAUAUCAACAUGGCUAAACGCGCCCUUUGUGAGGCUUUGUCCCUAGACAAACCAACUCAAAUCCCUGAAUCGAAGCCCCCCAUCAAUGGCUAUCAUCCUUUCACCAGACCAUACCAAGGAUAUGCAUCAAGCGCAGAAAACAUAGCCCGAUUGCUCAAGAACUGGAACAAAGCUGGUUCCCUCAAAUCAGUUCGGGCAAACUCUCUAAAUUCCUCCAAUAACAACCAGCUCGUUGCAAACGGUUCCAGUCAUAGCAGUACUGAAGUUGCCACAACACCAGAUCAUGCUGCUUUAGACUCGCUGUUGAGCUUCAAUACUUCGAACUCUGAUGUAUCUCUAUCCUUAUCGGUGGACGAGAAUCCAAACUUGACACCAGAAACCAACCUCUUCCGAGUUGAAACAAAGUCAAAUUUGGAGACUCAGGUCCCUCUUACAUUGCUAGAGAAUUGGCUCCUUGAUGAUGGCACAGCUCCGGGUCAAGAUCACAGCCUAAUUAACAUGUCACUAGAGGACGACAGUGCUGCUGCCGGGUUGUUUUAAAAAAAUGCACGAUAUAACGUCUCAGCCUAGCUAGGUUUAGGAGUCGAUCGCUUUGUUUUUGUGGCUCGUAGAAGUACUUUCUGGCUCAAGCAGAAAGAAUAUCAUCAUGAAACUCCAUUACUGGAGUAAAAUAAUCUGUAAAUUAUAAAGUCUGCAUAUAUAAAACAUAUAUAUAUAUA